AUGAGGACGGCAUUUGUAGUUCUGGGUUUGGCCCUUUCUUCAGUUGUAAUCGCAAGGUCCAAAUCCCAAUUUAUGCGAUAUCGGUCAUGGAAUACACGCAUGUACCCAGUAUGGAGAGAUGGUGACCCCAGAUACAGGGACUGCUGGAAUGGUGGAGAAAUAACAUUUGACAUCAGAAAUGAUGCACCCACCCUGACGGGAGCCAAAGCAACCUUCAAUGUAGAUGUUCAUCCUCCUCAGAACCAGACGGUGCUGCCUGAUGGACAAGUGGUGUGGGCACAAAACUGCACUGUUAAUGGAACACAGUACACUAAGGGCCAGCCUGUGUACCCAGAACUCAACACAACACAAGAAUGGACAGGUGUCUUUCCCGACGGCACAUCCUUCACUUCAACAUCCACCAGGAAUCCACGUUUUGUUUUUGUGUGGAAGACUUGGGGACGAUAUUGGCAGGUAGCUGGUGGCCCCUCAUCUUCCCUGACUAUUGGCACAGACAAUGUGCCUCUAGGCUCCUAUACUAUGGAGGUAGUCAUCUACCACUACCGUGGAAGAAACAGGUUCAUUCCUCUUGGAUAUGCAUCCAGCCAGUUUUCAAUCACAGAUCAAAUCCCCUUUUCAAUGACUUUGUCCCAGUUUGGUGAUCGCAACCAGGCAGAUCAGAGUUUUAUUCAGAAUAAGCCAGUGUUAUUUAGCAUCAGUCUACAUGACCCCAGCCAGUAUCUCAGUGGGUCAGAUGUCACCUUCAGCUGGGAUUUCGGGGACAACAGUGGGACCCUCAUCUCCCAUGAACUCUUCGUUACUCACACUUAUCUUGAAACUGGGUUCUUCAGGCCACAGGUAGUGUUGUCAGCAGCCAUAACAAAUGGAUGUGACCCAAGUCCAACACCUGGAGAUACCCCCAGUAGCCUUCCUCCAGUAGAAGUAGUAACCACAGGUAUGUUUAAAAUCUCACUAAUUUAGGUCUCAGUCUGGAUCGCAUAUGUGUGUGUGGUACCACAGACUCAACCUUGAGACCUAACUGUGGUGCCGUCAGUAAAUACUCCGGUUCUUGCUUCCACCGAGCAGCCUGAGCUUGUUCUAGUAGUUCCUGGCUCAGAGGCUCCAGUUGCUGAAGAAGACUUAACCGCUGUGGAUGCUGAUGGUGCUGCAGCUGGCGAAAUGGUCACAGUUGCCAUUGCAGGAGCAGAUCAAGCAGCAGGCAUCACAGAUAAUGAAGCAUCUGCCUCUAUUGCCCCUACUCUGGUGGAGACCACAGUGGAGACGACCAACACUGCCCUGCCAGAAACCCCAGUUGUGGACAUUGAAGCACUUGCAGAAAACACCGGAGUGGUAGAUGUCCCAGCUGCCACUGAAAAUGCAGGAAUAGAGGCACCUGCUGCUGACGCCACUGUUAACCUUAUUGCCACUGAUACUGUGGUUGUGGAAGUAGUGCCAUCUGUGGUGCCAGCACUAGAGAGUGAGGUUGUGGAAACAGUAAAUGAAGUCGCUCCAAAUGAAGUCAUAGUGGAUGAGGCAGCAAUUACUGAAACUACUGCAAGUGAUGCUACUGCAGUCACUGAACCCCCAGCCAUUCCAAAUGAAAUAGUCGCUGAAGUAGAUGGAGCUGGCGAAGCAGCACAGGUUGCUCUGGUUAUUACGAAACGUCAGGUUCCACAGAUGCCUGCAGAGGGAAACUGUAUGAUUCAUCGCUAUGGAUCCUUGUCCACCACUUUGAAUAUUGUUCAGGGAAUUGAGAGUGUUGAGAUUGUGGAGGUAAACAAUGUUGCAGUGCUGGCCACAGAGAUGGAGAAUGCUGUAGAUCUCACAGUCACCUGUCAGGGGAGCCUGCCAAAUGAGGUGUGCACAGUGGUCUCUGAUGCAGACUGUGCCAGGCCUGUGCAAACUGUUUGCAAUAGCGUGACUCCAGCCCCUGAGUGUCAGAUGAUCCUUCGACAGUUCUUUAAUGACUCUGGGACUUUCUGCAUCAAUGUGUCCCUAACCAAUGAUGUCAGUUUUGCUGUGACCAGUGCAAGAGUUAGUGUGACUGUAGGUUCGAGUUCCUCCACUGCAGGCAAAGUUACUGCAGUACUUGGAGUACUUGUACUUGUCUGUACCAUAGGUGCCAUUGCUUUGACAUACAGGCGAUUUAAGCAGUACCAUCCCCUGACGGAGGAUUCGACAGGCAGCUAUUUGGAGAACUCCGGCAGGACAUCUGUGCCCCUGCUCCUAUGGAACCUGCUGAGUCAAGAGCCUGCUGGAGAAAGUCGUCCACUGCUUCAGGGAAGAGUGCUAUGA